GCAGGAAGAACCUCGUAGUGUCCCAUAAAACAAAACAAAAGCGUUAUUAGCAGUAACAUUGACCACCAAAUGGUUUGAAUAAAUUAAAUAAAACAGUGAAAUAGUAUACACAAUUCCCAGUUCAGACACAACCGUAUGAGUCUAUGAAAAUCGCAAAUAAUUAAAGAUUGUGUUCUGUUGGAAGUGCUGUAGAUCAGACUUUCAUUGGGCCUCGAGUUCAUGUGUUCAUCUGUUCUCUCCGCCAUUUUUAUGCACUAUACUGCAGGAAACACACGCUAAAACACACUCACACACCGGCUCACCCUCACACCUCACACACACAUGAUCCAGAUGGCCGGUUCUGCGACUUUACCGCCCGUGUGCUGAGACAUUCGCUGGAUUUUGGACCGAUCCUGCGCUCGUUCAGUGAUGGAGUCCAUCUGUGGAGAGAUGGAGGUGGAGAGCUGCUACACGCUGUUGGAGGUUUCAUCACCCAAGAGGAAACGCAAGAGCAGAGGCGCCACGGAGAACUCGGACAAACCCAAGAAGCCCAGGUCAGCGUAUCUUCUGUAUUACUUUGACGUUCAUCAGCGCAUGCAACAGGAGAAUCCAGACCUGCCUCAGUCUGAAAUUAACAAAUGCAUAAGUGACAGCUGGAAGAGACUGAAUGUGGCCGAUCGAGGUUAUUAUCUGGAGAGAGCACGCAUGGAGAGAGACGGUGUUGACCCGAACAGCCAAUCAGCUGCAUCCUCUCAGGACGUUCCAGGAUUCCGCAGGAUCCUCCCAAGAGCGAAUUACGUGCUCCUGCCCAAGAGUUUAGGCGGAGGUGAGAGGGCCAUGGAGACGUGUGUGGACACUGCCAUGGAUUAUCUGGGGGAUGGAGCCCCUCGGGCCCACCCACAAGAGCCUCUGUUGUCCCCCGUGACUGUGGCCAGUGAGGUGGAGUUCUCGGAGCAGUGCGUCGCCAUCGAGGCACUCGGAGAAGAUGCAACAGCGCCGGUCCAAAGAGUCCUGUCUCAGAAUUCCACUGCAAAUGAACGACCUGUGGGUCUCGUCCAGGACGGUUACAAAACUGCUGCUCUUCUAAUGAAGGGGGAGGAGUCGAGAGUGGUGGGCAGGGCUUAUGGUGAUGCUGAAAAUGGAUUGGAGGGUGGAGCUCGGAUGCCUCAGAUCAAAGCAGAUGUCACUCAACUUGUUGCGAUAAUUCCGAAUCAGGGCCUUGUGGAGAAUAAAGUGAUUAACACCACCAGUCCAAUAAUGAUGUUUCCGUUAAUGAGCGCUGUGAAACCAGAACCCAAACCCUCCUUUAAACUGCCCAUCAAAUACACACGGAGAGGGCGGGGCAGCUGCACCACACCUGGGUGUGUGUUCUCAUACGUCACCCGUCACAAACCGCCCCAGUGCCCCGACUGUGGCCAACACCUCGGGGGGAAGUGGGUGCCUCCUGCAAAGAAACCUUCAGUUAAAGGAGCCAUUUCUGGUUCCGACCCAUCUUCGGGGAAACCGUGUGAAGAUUCCCAGCUUUCUACGACGCCGUCAGGUCACCGGACGGAACAAAAUGAUAUGUCAUCAAAAACAGACUUAGAUCUGACACGAAACACUGACAGCGACCAAACAACCCUUUCCAUGAUCACUCAGGACGGGGGCUCUACAGCUGCUCGCAGGGUGGGACGCAAAAAGAGAGAGCGGACGAAUGUAGUAUCAGCCCAAAAAACAGCAGAUGGCGCUGUUAUAAAAAAAUCUGACCCAGAAUCCACAGCUGUACUAGCAUUGAGUGGUGGUCAAAUUCAGGUCAUCCCGAUAGAGAAAACCAGCAAUGCUGUACAGAAACGGCGAAUACGAGCUAUUCUGCCAGCGCCCGCUCAAACCAAUCCGCCUGUCCAGUCUGCUGUUCUGCAGUGGAUCGCUGUUCCACCUGAUAAAAUCAAAACAGAAGCGAGAAUCAUCAGAGCUGUGAAACCGUCACCCAAUGAACACAUUGUGGGUCUGAAACCCAAUACCCUUAAACAACUGGGUCACAUGAUCACACCGAGGGCCUUAGAACAGAAGCCCACCACGGUCAACAGUAACCAGUACAUCAUAACAGACAACGGUGUGAAGAUACUAUCCAUGCUGCCCAUCAAGAAAACAUCUGAAUCCUCCCUAGCUCUGGGUUUGUCGACAGCGAGAGGAAGAGGCCGUUGUAAGAAUCCCACGUGUGAUUAUGUCUAUAAAAACAGACACAAACCACAAAAUUGUCCAACCUGCGGCUGGGAGCUCAUCAACAAACCUGCCAAGAAAACCAAACUUCCGUCAUCCUGUGAUGAUGUGUCUGGUUCUGAGCUUCUAUUGGACGCGUCUCAACCUCUGACUUCAGUACAGAAAGAGCUGCAGCGUCACUCCACAGUGAGCAUGCUCAGAUGUGCUUUGCAGUUCCCCGAGAGUGACGCAGAACUGCAGGAUGUCUUUAAUCUCAUUCACCAACUCAAUGUGAAUGAUGAAGAGAGAGAUGGAGAGAUAAGUGAGACAGACUCGGAGGAGAGGAGCAGAUGGCCGACCUUCUACGAGCCUGCGGCCACACACUGCAGUCUGUGUCAUUACCCGCUGUUUAAAGGAGACCCGAGUUCAAUUGCAGGUUUGGAGGAAUGCUGGUUACUGACGGAUCGGAUGAUUCGACUCGUCAAUCUGCAGCUAAAAGUCUGUACAAAUCUACAGUGCCUGGCAUUACACAGUUUCACAGACCUGCACCCUGGUUUGUUUAACGUGGGGAAUAAACUGCUGGUGACGCUGGAUUUGUUCUUUAAGAUGAGACAUCAGAUCAGACAGGGAGACGGUCCUGCAGACGCCGCUCUCAACAUCAUCAAACACACACUCACAGACUGUGUGUUGAGCUGCGAGCAGAUGUCGAGUGUUCAGGAUCUGUUCUGCAGUGGUUACUGGGCGUUUGAGUGUCUGACGGUUCGAGACUAUAACGACAUGAUCUGUGGAGUGUGUGGCAUCGCACCCAAACUGGAGAUUGCACAACGCAACACCAACAAUGUUCUACAGCUGAAAAAUGUGGAGUUCACCUGGCCUGAUUUCCCAGCAUCAGAUGAGGUGCAUGUUGAUGAGUUUUGGUUGACAAUGGAGAACGAGGCGUUAGAACAGGCGGCGUUUCCCUCCAGUUUCCCCAUCACACGCUUUGACGCGUCCAUCAUCGCUCCGUUCAUCCCUCCACUCAUGAGGAACACCACCAUCAUCAACACCGAGAAAGACAAGAUCAUCUCUGACACGCAGCACACUGAUGAGCCGUCUGUCCUGAUGAGUCUGAUUCAUGAGGGUCAUCUGAUUCCAGAUCAGAUUCAACAGCACAGUGAACAGGAGCUCAGGGACCUGCUGGAGAAAUGUGGGACCCCCGCGGAAGAGAACACUUCAAAAGAAGAGCUGCUGGCAUGUGUCUCUUUAUUGCUCUCACAAAUACAAAAUGGACUCUGGACGGCACGUCAACCUGAAGCACACGUGACUGCAGGGAAAAUCACUAAAGUCUGUCCACAUCAGGUGGUGUGCGGCUCGAAAUACCUCAUCCGCAGAGAGACCGCUCGCGAUCACGUCGACCUGCUGGUCUCGUCGCGGUUUUGGCCACCAGUGUACGUGGCAGACUGUGCUCAGAAGGUGGCGCUGUGCACUGAUGUUUUAUACCCUGAACUGGCCUCACAGAUGUGGGGCAGAAAUCACGGAUGUUUCUCAGACCCGACGAGAACACCACAGUACGUCUCAUGCUCGGAGCUCCAGGAUCAGCCGUACAGUUUGGACCUGUCCGCUAUCGAGUCAAACACGCACCUGCACCCCCUCACUAAAUCCUCCUCAUGCUGGAUUGUGUGUCCCAACAGGCCGAGCGACCUGCAUGACGAUCACACCGCCCAUCACGCCAUGACGCUCUGCCGAGAGCUCGAACCGUACGUUGGCGUAGUCGGCGAGAUGUGCGACGAAUCCGGCAAUGAAACUAGCAGAAAUGACGGCGUGUCUGCGAUGGCUGCGAUUCGCCGUAAAGCUCUGGCAUUUGAUAACGCGGCAUAUUAUUACCUGUAUAACAGACUGGUGGACUUUCUGAGCAGCAGAGACAUUGUGAAUCAGCAAAUCGCAGAGGUGCUGAGCGUUUGUCAGUCUGGCGAGAUGGUGAUCAUUAGAGAUGCCCUCUACAGGCUGGGAGUGGCACAGAUCAACUCAGAGGAACAGGAAGUAGAAGACAGGCAAGAUGAUGGCGAGGAAGUAGAAAAAGUUGUGUUUGAGGAGGUAAUGUUAGUGUGACUCAGGGACUUCAAGUUCAGCCAAAAAUGCUAAAUUCUCUCAUUAUGUACUCUCCAUCAUGUCUUUCCAAACCCUUUAUGCUACUCCUUUUUUCCAUGGAGCAUAAAAGGAGAAUUUUGGAAGAUUUUUCACGCAGCUCUUUUCCAUUCAACGACAGUUCAAAGUUACGGAAGCCCCAAACUGCACUGUGAAAAAUAAUUUCUGUCAAUAAAAAAAAAAAUUCAAAAUGUUUUUUCCUCAAAUGUUUCUCUCUUUACAUUUUUUCACUCUCUAAAUUUUUGUUUCUUUCUAAAAUAAAUUUUCUCAAAAAAUGUAUGUGGUACUUGAUCUGUUGAUUUAUAGUUGUAUAAUACUCUAACAAGAAUGUUUUGCGAAUCUUAAUCAAUCUAUAUAUAUAUAUAUUUGAGAGUCUACUAAUACAUGAAAUCCCACAGUUAAAUGAAUAUAUCUCAGGUUCCAUAUGUUUUAUAUGGCAUUUGUUGUCAAGUGUGACAGUGGGAGUUAUUUCUGGUUGUUUGAUGACAUUCACCACCAGGAAUAUUGAUGCUGCUAUUAAUAUUGUUCUUUUUUAAUUUGUUGGCCCAUGUAAACAUGCACUAGAUGUCUAGAUAGAAGGGUCAGCUUCAACGGCACCGUGUCAGGUUAAAGGAAGAUACAGAGCUGCUUGUGGAAACCUUGAUUAAGAUUCGCAAAACAUUCUUGUUAGAGUAUUAUACAACUAUAAAUCAACAGCUCAAGUACCACAGCUGUGAUCUGUCACCUUGCAAGAGUUCAUGCUUACUGAUAGUGGCACCUGGUGGCCGAGGUUGGUACUGCAUGCUAAUUGUUUACUUGCAAGCAAAAAACAAAUUCUCAUGAGUUGCCUCUUGAUAAAAAUGUUUUUUUUUUGUUUUGUUUUUUAGAAAGAGAGAGAAAAAAAAUGUGUAGAUUUAUA